UGGUCACACACCUGGAGAGAUGCAUUCUGAUGUACGAGCUGGCGGUCCUUGUUUCCCAAUCACCAUGCCAGUAAAUGAAGGACAUUUCCAAAAGAACUGCAUGGAGUUCAAAAGAUCAGCCCCAGCACCUGGAAGGAAUACUCGAGAACAGUUGAACCUACUGACGUCCUUUGUGGACGCCUCUAACGUGUACGGACUCAGUCAGGAUCAGAUCAAUCACCUCAGGAAUGGACCCUACAUGAAAACCAAGGGCGAUAACCUGUUGCCAGAAUCCAACCAAGGCAACUGUCGAACAAGCAAUACCAACGAAUGGUGUUUUGAAGCUGGUGACGACCGUGUGAACGUGUUCCCUGGUCUGGCCGUGCUACACACCAUGUUUGUCCGCGAACACAAUCGUCUUGUCAAAGAACUUGCUGAUGUCAUGCCAUCGACCACUCCUGAUGAUGUCUUGUUUGAGGAGGCCAGAAAGAUCGUGUCAGCCAUCAUCCAACAAGUCACCUACCGCGAAUGGCUGCCCAUUAUUGUUGGGCCCUUGGCCAUGAGGAAGUACAGACUGACCCCUGGCUUCAGCUUCAGGUACAACUUCACCCAAAACCCCACCAUCUACAACGUUUUCGCCACCGCCGCCUUCAGAUACGGCCACUCCACCAUUCCACGUUUCCUGACCCUCGGAGAUCGACGUGUACCCAUAGAACAGCUCUUCUUCAGACCUUCUGAGGUCAUCAAAGAUCUGGACACCGUGCUGAAGGCUAUCCUCAAGGACAGACAUCAGGAGGUUAACCGAUUCAUCAACAGUGGGAUGACUGAGCAUUUGUUUGAGACGUCGGGCAAUAAUGGCUUUGACAUCGUGUCCUUGAACAUUCAGAGAGGUCGUGACCACGGCCUGCCAUCAUACAACAGCUUCCGCAAGGCAUGUCAGCUAUGGGAAGUGACUUCAUUUGAUGACAGUAUAUUUGGUAAAGCAGGAGCUGCUUUGAAAAGUGUAUACAGAUCCCCUGAUGACAUCGACGUCUUCACCGGUGCAGUAGCUGAACAGCACGUGCAUGGCGGUGCAGUGGGCCCUCUCCUCGCUUGUCUGAUUGGUCAACAGUUCCAUGACCUGAAAUAUGGCGACUCAUUCUGGUUCGAAACAUCCCAUCCAAGAAAGGGCUUUACAUUAGGACAACUGUCUGAGAUCCGACGAAUGCGCUUUGCCAAAAUUCUUUGUAGGAAUUCAGGAGUGAAGUCCAUCCAAAGAGAUCCUUUUACAGUGUACUCAAAAGAAAGCAAUCCUUUGAUACCCUGCAACGAUCUUCCAACAAUCGAUUUAACCAAAUGGCGGAGAUGAGAGGUUGCUUGGCCUACCCUUAAGUUCAACAAAUAAACCCCGAAGACUUGAAACAUAGCAUUUUGGUGUUCCACCAUGUAUAGCCCACACUACUAGUCCUGGUUUGUAAGAUGCCUAAAUCACAGAAUACAUUACAUUUUUGACAUUUGUGUUCAACUGUCUUCAUACUAAAUAUGUAAUGC